GCACUUGUGGGGCUGGGGGGCCGCUGUGGGGCUGGGGGCUCCCUCCGGGGGCCCGUGGGCGCGGGCGCACCUGUGGGGCAGCCCCACUGCUCUGCUCUUUCCCCGCAGGCGCCGUCGCACGAGGGCCCCUCCCCCGCCUCGUGCGCUCACGGGCCCUCGUGUCGCAUGGCCCCGCCCCGCCCCCGCCUCGCCCCCGCGCCCCCCCCCGGCCCCCGCUGACCCCCCCGGCCCCACCCAGGAGCCGCCCAGCAGGCGGCCAUGUCGGGGGACUACGAGGAGGACGUGUGCCGCAGCGCCCUGCGGCUGGUGCAGGAGCUCUGCUUCGCCCCCCGCGCCCGCCCCCCCCACGACAAGUGCCUCGAGUUCACCGACCUCCUGCGCCACCGCGGCCACCCCCGGCCCUCGGACGGCGAGGUGUCCGUCAGCCUGCUCUCGGUCAUCGUCACCUUCUGCGGCAUCGUGCUCCUGGGGGUCUCCCUCUUCGUCUCCUGGAAGCUCUGCUGGGUGCCCUGGCGCCACAAGGGGGGGCCGGGGGGGGCCCCCCGAAAAGAGCCCCCCCAAGGAGGAGGGGGAGCUUUCGGGGACCCCCUGCCCGAGCGAGGGGAGCCGGGUCCCGAACCCCCCCCCGAACGCUGCUACCUGGACAUGGGGCCCUGCCCUGAGGGGGGGGGGCGGGCGCUGGGACCCCCCCCCGCUUCAGGGGAUCCCCUCGGGGCCCCCCCAGGGCCCCCCCGAGCUGGGGGGGGAGGGGAUGGGGACCCUGCCCAGCGCCCCCUCCCAGCAGCACGUGGGUGGCAG